UUGACGUGGCCGAAGUCCACUUCUGCCAAAUGAAUCAAGUGGGGGUUGUUAUAAGCACCCCCACUUCCGUGAUUUGGAAAACCCGUGACCCCUCUCCAUCUUCUUCCCAAAAUACUAGGGUUUGCACCCAUCUCCUUGUUAUCCAUCCUUCAGAUCAUCUCCAUCUACCGGCUUCAUCUUCACUAGCAAGGGUUUGAACUCAUCUCCUUGUGCGACAUUCGAUCAUCUCCAUCUACCGGUGCUUUAUCCUUCCGAUCAUCUUCAUCUCCACUCCAAGAUGUCUACUUGUUGAUACUCGCCAUGUGUCCGUUGAGGAGCAACUUGCAAUAUUCCUACACAUAGUUGGGCAUAACACGAAGAACUGAACAGUGAGGUUAGAAUUUCUUCGAUCAGGAGAAACUAUCAACAGAUAUUUUAACAAUGUCAUUUGUGCUAUUUGCGUUGUACGUGAUGACUUUGUCCUACCUCCCAAUAGCAAUUGUCACUCGGACAUAGAGAAUAAUCCUAAUUGGUACCCGUUUUUUAAAGAUUGCAUUGGGUUGUUGGAUGGCACACAUAUUGAAGCGUCCAUCCCUCCCUAUGAAAUACCCCGGUUUUGUGGUCGAAAGGGAAUUACUCAAAAUGUGUUGCCUGUGGUGAAUGUGGAUUUAAAGUUUACAUAUGUCCUAGCUGGAUGGGAGGGAUCUGCAAAUGAUUUCACUGUCUUAAGGGAUGCAAUAUCUCGCCCUCAACCACAGGGGCUAAAGAUUAUAGAAGGAAAAUAUUAUCUCGUUGAUGCCGGAUGCACCACUAUGAAUGGUUUCAUAGCUCCGUAUUGCAGAGUAAGAUACCAUCUUAAGGAAUAUAGUGGAAGGCCGCCAACAAACCCUAAAGAAUUGUUCAAUCUUAGGCAUUCAAUGCUACGAUCACAGGUUGAACGAGCAUUUGGUAUCUUAAAGAAUCAUUUCAAGAAUCUUAGCUCGCGGCCAUUUUUUCCAUUCAAAACACAAGUAAGGAACAUGGAGGGCGGCACUUCGAAGGCUGCCACCAAACGUGGAACACCUAACAAGCGUUGGAAGCCUGAUUUUGAUAAUGUUUUAAUACCUGUUUUGGUAGAGCAAGUGAGACAGGGUCUUAAAUGUGACAAAUCAUUUAAGCGGGCUGCGUUCGGACAUGCUGCAAGUGCCGUGAAUGCAAGAUUUAACACUAAUUUCACCCCAGAGAAUGUGGAGAACCAUUAUCGGACGCUAAAAGUAAGGUACAUGGAAAUUAAGAAAGCGAGGGACUUGAGUGGGGCAGAUUGGGAUGACAAAAACAAGGUGAUCAUUCUCGACCCACUUGUGGCCUUCACGUACACUGAGGCACACCCGGGUGCAAAACCAUUCAUCAACAAGCCCAUUGAGAACUAUGAAGGGCUUAGGAUAAUUUGUGGCGAAGAUAGUGCAACAGGUUCUUACGCUGCUUCUUUGUUUUUAGAUUUUGCAGACAAAUCUGAAAAUGAAGGAACCGACAAUGACAAUGGUGAAUCAGACCCUGUUGAUAUUGCUAGUGAUGUGGAAGGUGUAUUUUACAUGGCAAUGAUGACUACAUAAGAGUAAAGCAAUACACUCAGGCCAGUUUCCCUUUUUGCCUCUACAAAUAAACAGGUGUAGUGGCGGGGCAAUUGAGGGGUGAAGACCCUUCUCUUGCAGCCACAUGCCUUUGAAUUUCAUAGUGGUUUGAGUUUUUGGUUUUAUCAAAUAGAUUCCAUCAUGAGAAAGGUUCUCUAUGACUUUUUUCCCUUAAAUUUUAUUUUGUCGUGGUCAUUUUGCUGCAACUUUUUUGAAUUUGUUUUUUGGUGAAAAAAUUUAGAUUUUUAAUUGUUUUUUAAAUGAAUUGGGAGUAGUUUUCAUUUGUGAUUUUAAUGUGGGAAAGGGGUUUUAGAUUUUUAGUUUUCUUGUUAUUCUUGUAAUUUAUUUGUAAGUUGCAUUGGAGAGCUGAAAUUUCAUUUCUUAAGCUAGAGAGCUUGGAUCUUUUCAGUGGUUUUACUAAAGUUUGGGAUAAUUGUAAAAGGUCUUUGAGUUUUGAAUCUCAAGUUUGCAAAUGUUUUGUGUGUAUAUUUUAGAUUAAUUUUUAUCCAUUUGAAGAGUGUCUUAUUUUCAUUAUUAUUCAUACGUCAAUGUUUAUUUUCAAUGUUGUCUUGGAACUUUUGUUGUGUUACCUGUGUUUAUUGAGGUUUUGGUUUUCAACAGUAAGGGAUUACAGUCAUGAAAUGGUAUGUAUGGCGAGGCAACUUGGAGGCAUGCUUGCCACCGUUGCUGCCUGCUUGAUCCAUUAUUUUUUUUUCCCUACAAUUAUUUUCAACUUUUCCCAUUGUGGGUUUAGUUUGUUACUCAUGUGUGUUGGUUUUGGAGGCAAAAAGGAUCUACCAAUGCCGAUGAAGUGAUGAUGUAUAUGUUUACUUUUUUGUGAGACCUGAGCCAUGACCGAACAUCAACUGGUGUUUGCUUGUGAGGUCGGACUACUCUGUGGAAGCAUGAAGUGCACAUGGAAUUCCUCUCCUUUGACGAAAGUAUUGGUAGUUGUAUUUUAUUGUCCAAGUAAAUAAUUUGUACUCUCUUAAACUUUGUUAAACAAUAUUACCGGUCAUGGUUCAGUGACUGUAGCAAAUAAAGCAUAUAUUUAUAUGA